CAUCGACGCCACCAUAACUGAAAAACCCUAUCCAACGUUGUUGCGCCACAACGUAGCCAGGAAAGUCAUGGGAAACUGAAAAACUCGCUAGAUUUGGUGGCUAUUAAAGGAAACCGGCUAGGAUCGGCUCGUCUUCCUUGAUUUCUGAUGCAUAGAGGGGGUUUUUUUCUCUUGAGAUGAUCAAGGAGAAACAACAUACUAGGAAAGUCGAUGUGUACAGUUUUGGCAUUAUGUUGUGGGAGCUCUUAACCCCAUUGAAGCCGUUCCAUGACAUGACUCCAGAGCAGCUUGCCUUUGCUUUUUCCAUUGCAGCCCGUGUUUAUGAGAAGCCAGUGACUAGUGUGUGCGCUGCCUUCCUCACUAACAAUGAUAUUAGAGUAGCUGCAACUGCAACCUUUAAAGGUGUUGAAUUUUAUCUACCCCCUCGUUCGAUCAGUAUUCUCCCUGAUCGCAAGACUGUGAUCUUCAACACUCAAAAGGUAACUUCACAACACAAUGCAAAGGGCUAUCAUCCAGUGAAGGAAUCUCACAAGGAGAAGAAGUGGAAAAUGCAUCAAGAGAAGAUCCCAACAAUCAGCGAUCAAUGGCCCCAUUAGAACUCAUGAACUUGACUAAGGAUAGAAUAGAUUACCUCUG